UUACGAAAAAUAUUUUAUGGAAGUUAAAGAAAAUCAAGCUAAGUUCGAUGGUUUGUUAUUGCACAUAGCAGAGACAGAAGAAAAUGGAAUUGACGGAUUAUUAAAUGUGUUUUUUAGCUUUUUAUAUCGCAAAACUGAUUUUUUCUCUCCAUCCAUUACUUCAAUAAAAUCGGGAGAAAAAAUUAAUAAACCAAAGCAACUCAUUUUAUCAGCUUUCAAAAAGUGGGAAGAUAUUGCUAUUGAGGAGUAUAAGAAGACUCAAUUAUCUGAAAAUGUUAUUGAUAACAAACUUAAAAAAUCUGAUAAAUCAAAAAAUGAGGCAAAAAUUAAAGAAUUAAGCGAGGAAGAAGCUAAAGAAUUGGAAAAUGAAAUUGCAAAAGAAAAAAAUAAACUAAUUACAAAUGGUAUUGAGAUAGGUGAUAAACAAGCAGUUAUCAAGAAUGAUAAUGUUAAUGAGGAUGAUGAUGAUAUUGAAAAGGGAAAAAUUAAACCGAACUCAGGUAAUGGUGCCGAUUUUCCAAAGUAUCGAUGGACUCAAACUUUAUCAGAAUUAGAUAUUAAAGUUAUGCUCAGUAAAACUCCUAAUAUUAAGCUCAAGAGUAAAGAUGUUAAAGUGGAUAUCACGCAGGACAAAUUAAAUGUCAGUAUAAAAGGUGCUGUUGAUCCAGUAGUGUCCGGCAAUUUUCAACAUCGAAUUAAGGUUGAAGAAUCAACAUGGCUUUUGGUAGAUGGAAAUACUAUACAUUUGACAUUGGAGAAAAUUAACAAAAUGGAAUGGUGGUCCAAGUUGUUAGAUAUAGAUCCUGAAGAAAUAGACACAAAAAAAGUUGUUCCAGAAAACUCUAAACUUUCAGAUUUGGAUGGUGAAACACGAAGUAUGGUGGAAAAAAUGAUGUAUGAUCAGAGACAGAAAGAAAUGGGUCUACCAACAUCAGAAGAAGGCAAGAAGAUGGAUAUGCUUAAAAAGUUUAUGACACAGCACCCUGAAAUGGAUUUUUCUAAAGCCAAAAUUAGUUAAUUUGAUGUAGAUUUGAAUUUUUUUUAUGAUUAGGAAAGCCUUGUCAAUUUAUAUAAAUGUUAUAUAAUUUUCACUUUGUUAAACAUUUUUUUACAAUGAUGGAAAAAGUGAAUUGGCCGACAUUUUUUUUAUAAAUCAUGACUUGUAUAUUCGUUUUUUUCAAAUAUUUUCCUUUAUAUUUUUGUACAAUGUAUUUCUAUUUCUAAUCAUCUACUUUAAUCAUGUUAAUAAAAUUUAAUUGUAAUUUCUUAUUUAGAAAGUAUAAGAUUGAAUUUAAAAUAAUGGGCUUCAGUUUCAAUCAGGGUUGGUAUUUCACUGAUCAAAUACUAAUUGGUGUAAUUAUAUUGUUUAAAAUGAAUGUAUAUUUUAACGUCAAUAUGUUACUAUUUAUAAUCAUUUUUUGAGCACGUUAAAAAAUUUUCGAUUUCUUUUUAUCU